AUGGGUCGUGGCUUUAGUUUUCGACUCUUGUAUCGAGUCGUUUUCUUUUCCUUCUGUCUGAUUUUCGCCUGUUUUUAUCAUGGCGGUGGUUCAGAGUUUGACAUGCGAGAAGAUGGAACAGAACCGAACAAAUUAAAGGAUGAAUUCAAAGGUAAAUCCUUGAAUGUUGACGUUUCUCUUGAACAAGUCGAACGCGUCUCUAACUUGACAGAAAAAUGCGAAACAAAUCGAUGGCCGCAAGGCGCGGAAGAAAACUUAUCUUUCAAAGAUGGUUAGAAAAGAUAAAAUUUGAAAAUGUGAGAAUGUUAGCACUUCAGAAGAAGUAAUGGUUAACUAUAAUUUAUUUUUAGGGACUGCGAUGAAAACACACCGAAGUGAAAGAAUACAAAAGAGCCCAGUAAACGUUCCACGCAAAGAAUCGACUGCCAUUACCUCCCAUUCAAAUGAGACAGAAUGGCAAAACGAUGGCAGCAAAAAUAUAUCUUCACUGGAAAAUCAAAUUUUUCACCAAAAUCGCUUGAGAGAAACAUCCCAAAGUGAAACGUUCGCUUCACUCACAACUCAACAUCUCCGGAACAGACGUGAAAUUCAUGCGAUCUUGGAAAGUCUGUCCGAAUGCGCCAAUUUUACUUAUACUAUAAAGUAUGAAGAUAAUUACAGAGUAUGGAAUAACUUUUCAAUGAUGUACCGAAGCCGAAUGUACCGUUAUAACGAGUACAGAGUAACGGACGAUGGUCUACAAGUUUGUAAUUCUUCUGACCCCCUUAUUAAACAAAGAUGGCGGGAUUUGAUUGCUCAGGAAAAGGAAGUGUUGGCUUCCAAAUAUUGUAAUGUAUCCAUGGACGCAUUUUACUACUCCAAUUACACAUUAUACACAAAUUUUACUGUUUUCUUCAAACCUACUGAGCAGAGUUUCAGAAGGCAAGAUUACGGAGUGACGUUUGGAUAUUUUACAAUUUGUUCUGCAAAACUUAGUCUGUCCUGCAAUGAUUAUUUGGUUAAAGUGAAAUACGGUGAUCGGUACAACGUUUUGCAAAACUUUUCGCUGUUUUACAACAACAAGAUAUACGAUUAUCGCGAAUAUCGACUCGGAAACGAAGGUCUUGAAAUGUGUGCUUCCAAUGAUACAAGAAUUCGGGCCAUUUGGAGAACUCGAACUUCGUGGGAAAGGUUUAAAGACCAGUAUACAUGCCGCGGAUCUGUUGAUAAAUUAUCAGAUGCAAGGUACUAUACCGUGAAUAAACAGCUCACUGUCUAUUACGCAGCUAGGAGUCAAUAUAUCACGAGAAAUGACUAUGGGGUCAAAAACGGUAAACCUUAUAUAUGCAAAGAAAAGUUGAGACCAACAUCAACAGAGUAUACUAAGGAAGAUCUAUUAAUGUGCAACGAUUCAAUCCUCAAUAUAAAAUACGAUGAUGAAUACAAAGUUCGGACUGACUUUUCAAUACUCUAUAAGAACAAGGUGUACAAUUAUACUGAGUAUCGAGUUCUGAAUGAUAGCAUAAAGAUUUGUAAUUCCACUGAUAACGAUGUAAGGAAUAUUUGGAAACUGCGUAAUGACUGGGUAAAGGCGAGAAUGCAUUAUAAAAGUUGCAUUAAACCCAUUAGAACCGGUUUGUUAACUCGAAAGUAUUACACUGUGAAUAAGCAGUUCACUGUCUAUUCGGGAGGUGAUGGUCAAUAUUUCACAAGAAAUGGCUAUGGGGUGCAAAACGCCAAACUUUAUAUAUGCGAAGAAAAGUUCAGACCCACAUCAACACACUAUACCCAGGAAGAUCUAUUAAUGUGCAACGAUUCAAUCAUCAAUAUGAAAUACGACAAUGAAUACAAAGUUCGGACUGAUUUUUCAAUACUCUAUAAGAACAAGGUGUACGAUUAUACAGAGUAUCGAGUUCUGAAUGAUGGCAUCAAGAUUUGUAACUCCACUGAUAACUACCUAAGGAAUAUUUGGAAAGUACGCAAUAAGUGGGUAAAGGCGACAAUGCAUUAUAAAAGUUGCAAUAAACCAACAAGAGCCUUUUGGUUUUACCAAGAGUAUUACACUGUGAAUAAGCAGUUCACUGUCUAUUCGGGAGAAAAUGGUCAAUAUUUAGCAAGAAAUGAGUAUGCGGUGCAAGACGCCAAACUUUAUAUAUGUACAGAAAAGCUGAGACCCAUAUCAACCGAGUAUACCCAGGAGGAUCUAUUAAUGUGCAACGAUUCAAUCAUCAAUAUAAAAUACGAUAACGAAUACACAGUUCGGACUGACUUUUCAAUACUCUAUAAGAACAAGGCGUACGAUUAUACCGAGUAUCGAGUUCUGAAUGAUAGCAUAAAGAUUUGUAACUCCACUGAUAACUACGUACGGAAUAUUUGGAAAGUACGCAAUAAAUGGGUAAUGGCGACAAUGCUUUACAAAAGUUGCAUUAAACCCACUAGAACCUUUUGGUUGCACAGAAAGUAUUACACUGUGAAUAAGCAGUUCACUGUCUAUUACGUAUCUAGGAAUCAAUAUUUCACAAGAAAUGACUAUGGAGUGGAAAACGGUAAACCUUAUAUAUGCAAAGAACAGUUCAGACCCAUAUCAACAGAGUAUACCCAGGAAGAUCUAUUAAUGUGCAACGAUUCAAUCACCAAUAUAAAAUACGAUGAUAAAUACAAAGUUCGCACUGACUUUUCAAUAUUUUAUAAGAACAAGGUGUACGAUUAUACUGAGUAUCGAGUUCUGAAUGAUAGCAUAAAGAUUUGUAACUCCACUGAUAACUACGUACGGAAUAUUUGGAAAGUACGCAAUAAAUGGGUAAAGGCGACAAUGCAUGAAAAAAGUUGCAAUAAACCCAAUAGAAACUUUUGGUUGUACCGAACGUAUUACACUGUGAAUAAGCAGUUCACUGUCUAUUCCGCCCCUCGGAGUCAAUAUUUCACAAUAAAUGACUAUGGGGUCGAAUACGCCAAACUUUAUAUAUGCGAGGAAAAGUUCGGACCCACAUCAUCAGAGUAUACCAUGCAGGAAGAUCUAUUAAUGUGCAACGAUUCAAUUAUCAAUAUAAAACACGAAGAUGAAUACAAAGUUCGGACUGACUUUUCAAUACUCUAUAAGAACAAAGUGUACAAUUAUACUGAGUAUCGAAUUCUGAAUGAUAGCAUCAAGAUUUGUAACUCCACUGAUAACUACGUAAGGAAUAUUUGGAAAGUACGCAAUAAAUGGGUAAAGGCGACAAUGCAUUACAAAAGUUGCAAUAAACCCAUUAGAAUCUCUUCGUUGUACCGAGAGUAUUACACUGUGAAUAAGCAGUUCACUGUCUAUUCUGGAGGUAAUGGUCAAUAUUUAACAAGAAAUGACUAUUGGGUGGGAAACGCUGAACUUUAUAUAUGCAUAGAAAAGUUGAGACCCGCAUCAAGAAAGUAUACCCAGGAAGAUCUAUUAAUGUGCAACGAUUCAAUCGUCAAUAUAAAAUACAAUGAUGAAUACACAGUUCGGACUGACUUUUCAAUACUUUAUAAGAACAUUGUGUACGAUUAUACUGAGUAUCGAUCGAUUCUGAAUGAUGGCAUAAAGAUUUGUAACUCCACUGAUAACUACGUAAGGAAUAUUUGGAAAGUACGCAAUAAAUGGGUAAAGGCGACAAUGCAUUAUAAAAGUUGCAAUAAACCCAUCACAUACAUUCAGUUUGACCGAUGGGAAUACACCGUGCUUAAGGAUUUUGAAAUUCUGAUUUCGGCAACAAAGAAGCUGAUAACAGAGUACGGUUAUGACGUAAUUGAAGGUAAACUUAUAACAUGUGUGACCGAAUGCGCCAAUUUUACCUUCACUAUAAAAUAUGAAGAUGAAUACAGAGUAUGGAACAACUUCUCAAUGAUGUACCAAGGUCGAAUGUACUCAUAUGAUGAGUACAGAAUAACGGAUGAUGGUCUACAAGUUUGUAAUUCUUCUGACCGUCUCAUUAAAGAAAAAUGGCGGAAUUUCAUUGUUUCAGAAAAGAUAACGAUAGCUUUCAAACAUUGUAAUGCAUCGGUGGACGGUUUUUACUUCGAAAAUUACACAUUACAUACAAACUUUACUGUUUUCCUCAAACCUACGAAUCAAAAUUUCCCAAGGCAAGAUUACGGAGUUAUUUUGGGGUAUUUUGCAAUUUGUUCGGCAAAGCUUAGAUUCUCCUGUAAUGAUGAUUUGAUCAAAGUAAAGUACGGUGAACAAUACAAUGUUUUUAAAAACUUUUCGCUGGUUUACAACAAGAAGAUAUACGAUUAUCGCGAAUACCGAUUCAGCCACGACAGUCUUGAAAUGUGUGGUUCCAAUGAUUCAACAGUUCAAGCCAUUUGGAGAACGCGAAAUUCGUGGCAAAAGUCAUUACCCGCAUCCUGUUAUCGUUCUUAUAAAUUAAAUGCAAGAUACUACACUGUGACAAAGCAGUUUGCUGUGUAUUCGGCAGAUAACGGUCAAUAUUUCAAAAGAAAUGACUAUGCGGUGAUAGACAGCAAACCUUAUGUAUGCGGCAAGGAAAACUUGAGACCAAUUUACGUAAUUACAAACUUUAAGAUUAUUAUAGCACCAUUAUGUGCUUUAGCGCUUUCUAUUAUUUCUUUGCUAUUGUUGUUGAUAGUUUACUGCAUGCUUCCAGAACUGCGCACACUUCCUGGUUUGAAUUUAAUGAGUUUAAGCUUCGCCUUGCUGUUGUGGCAGAUUUACCUUGUAGUAUUUUUGUCGCUGUAUUCUCAUGUAGGUAAACUGUUUGAGAUACCGUGUGCUAGGCUGUUUGUAGUAAAUAAGUUUAUGACGUACAGUAUAAUUAUGAAUGCUGCGGUUAAUAUCUAUCACUUAAGAAAAACCUUUUGUGGUAAUACUUUGGUGAAAUCUGAUGAACUGAAGAAGUGGAACAGGUUUUUGAAGUAUAGUUUCUUUAGCUGGGGGGUUCCCGUCAUUAUAACGAUUGUUUACAUUGUACUAGUAAAGGAAGAUGUUCUAAGGUUUGAUCAACAUAUUGCGUCUGUGAAGAACGAUGUUCAGUCUAGUUCAAGGUUUUAUCAACGCAUUGUAUUUGCGAAUGGAAGUCAUGGAGAUGCGACGGCAAAUGAAAUAAGGAUUUAUCAACGUAUUGCAUCCUUCAAGAAAAAUGUGCAGUCAAAGUUUAAUCAAAGCACUGUACGUUGGAAGGAGGAUGCGACGGAAGAUGAUGGAAGGAUUUAUCAACCUAUUGUAUCUUUAAAGAAAGAUGCCCAGCCAGAGUUAAGAGUUGAUCAAAGCACUGUGGAAGAUGAUGCAAAGAUUUAUCAACCUAUUGUAUCUUUGAAGAAAGAUGUUCAGUCAAGCUUAAAGUUUUAUGAACGCAUUGUAUUCGAGAAUGGAGAUGGGAAGGAAGAUGACGCAAGGAUUUAUCAACAGAUCUCUGGAGAUUGUAUCAAUGGUCGAAUUACUCCUGAUUGGUCAGCUGCUGUUGAUGUAUAUGGCCUUCAAGGUUGUCUUUUGUUGUACAUUAUUGGAAUGUUCAUCUUCACUGCUUAUCGAAUUCGCCAAAAACUCAAGGCAAGCAGGAACAUUGCACAGAAAUCGAAUGUUGUUAAGCGUCGUAAAUUUGUCAUAUUGCUCAAGUUGUCAACCACUACAGCCUUAAGUUAUUGGUUUCCUCUCUUCAUAUCUAGAAUCGUGGAUUUUGAUUUCGACAUAAAGAUAGUGUUGUAUACUGUAACAUUGCUUACUGGUGCCUACAUUGGUAUUGCGUUUGUCUUCACACGAAGAAAUUAUCAGUUGCUCAAGAAAAAAUAUUUCCCAGCAAACAAUAAGCCGGCAGUUAACGAACUUCCGCUGAAUAGAUUAUAG